AUGGCCGGGCACAGAGGAUUUGUAAUGCCAGCUCUCUGUUUAUGGAUGUUGGUUCUGUUUGCACUUUUAUAUACAGGCAAAGUACAAGCAGACUGCUGGCUGAUCGAAGGUGACAAGGGUUUUGUUUGGCUUGCCAUCUGCAGUCAGAACCAGCCACCGUAUGAGUCUAUACCACAGCACAUUAAUAGCACCAUAGUGGACUUGAGGCUCAAUGAGAAUAAAAUAAAGAGCGUUCACUACUCUUCACUUAGCCGCUUUGGCAACUUAACGUACCUCAACCUCACUAAGAACGAGGUGUCCUACAUAGAAGAUGGAGCCUUUGCUGGCCAGUUCAAUUUGCAGAUGCUCCUGCUUGGUUACAACAGAUUGCGAAAUCUGACUGAGGGAAUUCUUAGGGGACUAGGAAAGUUGGAGUAUCUCUACCUCCAGGCAAACCUAAUUGAAACUGUGACUCCUAAUGCCUUUUGGGAGUGCCCAAACAUAAUGAACAUUGACUUAUCUAUGAACAGAAUCCAGAGGCUGGACAGCAAUACCUUUAUGGGCCUCAGUAAGCUGACUGUGUGCGAACUAUACAGUAAUCCUUUCUAUUGCUCAUGUGAGCUACUGGGCUUCCUAAAGUGGUUGGAUAUAUUCACCAACAUGACUCAUACUUUUGACCGCAUGCAGUGCGAUUCCCCCCCUGACUAUACAGGUUACUUUUUGCUGGGUCAAGGUCGAUCCAGUUAUCGUAACGCACUUAGCAUGCUGUCAUCUCUCUGCGCAGAUGGGUCUUACACAAUGAUGCCACAUUUGAUGUCUCCAAGGUAUCAAGCCACCACUGGCCCACCUGACAGCCCAUGUUCUGAAGAAGACUGUUUUUCUGGAGAUGGGACUACACCCCUUAUUAAUGUCUACACUCCCCCUGCCAAUUCCAAAGUCAGCCUCAGUGUGAACCUAAACACGGAAACCCAUUCAGAUGCAGUUCUAGUGGCCGAAAUACCAUACCCUUACAGCAAGAUGUACAUCUUGGUUCAGUACAAUAAUAGCUUCUUUACUGACAUUCGGAACCUGAAGGCAGAGAAAGAAUCCAUAAAACUGGACGGCUUGAAACCCAACACAAAUUACACUUACUGUGUUGCCUCUAUUCGAAACUCUCUCAGGUUCAACCACACCUGCAUAGCCUUUUACACUCGCAGCCAUACCAAACAAGAACAUGUGCCUACCCCAUCCACCGCCACUCACUAUAUUAUGACUAUUCUUGGCUGCCUGUUUGGUAUGGUAAUAAUUCUGGGUAUUGUAUACUACUGCCUGCGAAAAAAGCGCCAAAAAGAGGAAAAGCACAAAAAAGCAGGUGGUAGUAUGAAGAAAACUAUCAUUGAACUUAAAUACGGUCCUGAAAUGGAGACACCUAGCAUAAGUCAGCUUUCUCAAGGGCAGAUGAUGGGUCCAGAAUCAAUGUCCCGCAUCCCCUAUUUGCCUUCAGUGGGGGAAGUAGAACAGUACAAACUGAUCGAAACCAGUGAAACACCUAAAACCACCAAGGGGAAUUACAUGGAGGUGCGAACUGGUGAACAGCCUGAGAGAAGAGACUGUGAACUGUCCAUGCCACCAGACACUCAGAGUUCUGUGGCUGAGAUAUCCACUAUUGCUAAGGAAGUAGACAAGGUCAACCAGAUCAUAAACAAUUGUAUAGAUGCCUUGAAGUCAGAGACAACUUCAUUCCAAGGUGUAAAGUCAGGAGCUGUCUCUACAGCAGAGCCUCAGUUGGUCUUGAUAUCCGAACAGAUUCCCAGCAAACAUGGCUUUCUUUCUCCAGUAUAUAAGGACAGCUACACCAAUCCCUUACAGAGGCACCACAGCAUGGAGGUUCCUCAGAAACGCUCUAGCACAUCUUCCAGUGGGUCUAUACGCAGUCCAAGGUCAUUUCGUUCUGAAGGGUCUGCACAUAAAUCUGAAACCAAGUAUAUUGAGAAGACUUCUCCAACUGCUGAUACCAUCCUCACUGUGACCCCAGCGGCUGCCAUCUUAAGAGCAGAAGCUGAAAAGAUCCGCCAGUAUACAGAGCAUCGGCACUCUUAUCCAGGAUCACAUCAAGCUGAGCAGCAACAACAGCAGCAACAGCAACCAAUGUCCCAACAUGAAAACCUAGGAGGUCGCAAAACCUCCAUACUGGAGCCUUUAACUCGGCCCCGUCCAAGGGAACUGGCUUAUUCCCAACUUUCACCUCACUACCACAAUUUGAGCUACACUUCCAGUCCAGAGUACACAUGCAAACCCUCCCACAGCAUCUGGGAACGUUUCAAACUGCACCGCAAACGCCACAAAGAGGAAGAGUACAUGGCAGCCGGUCAUGCCCUGCGCAAAAAGGUCCAGUUUGCCAAAGAUGAGGAUCUCCAUGACAUCCUAGACUACUGGAAGGGCGUCUCUGCCCAGCACAAGUCCUGA